GCGAGCGCGCAGCAGGAAAGCCGCCGGGCGCCAUACUGCUUUCGUUCGUUCGGCACAGUACGCGCCCAGCGCCUACGCGGAUCGUCGCGGUGCUCGUCGUCCUCGUUUGUCGUCGCUGGUGGUGUAGUUCUCUUAUUUUUUCAUUUUUUUCACCCUCACGAAUUUUUACGCUAACCCGUGCGUGCUCGCAACAAGGCCGGUCGAACGAGGCAUAGAGAGAUAGAGAGAAAAAAAGUACAUCGUUUCAGUUCGGUUGCAGCCGCUGCCGCCGCUGCUGUCGCUGUUCUUUUCUCGACCGGCUUGCGUGGAGCGUGCGUCUUUCUCGUCGGUGCGAAUACAGUGGUGGAAGAAGAAGCAUACGGGAUUUUACACGCUCGUGAGGACUGGCUGCACGUUUCUCUGUCUGGCUUUGGAGCUGGCCGGCUCUACGCAUCCCGCUAGGCAGUUCAGCAUGAUAUGAUAACAGCGACCGAGGAUAACUCCCCCGCAAGAUGAAGAAUCCUUACGUCCUCGCGUGUUUGCUGCUCGUUGCGCCCGCGGUGCUGUGCCUCACCCUGCAGGAGGACGAUCUGGUGUUCGACGACGUCGGCGAAGAGGGGACCAGCACCGCAGCAACGGUGAUCAGUCGCCGGUACGACGAGCACAAGGCCAACUGGCUCGAGCAGAAGUAUCCCCACGAGGUUAAGAGGCAUCAAUUCGACAAGGUGAACAACGUGCCCCACGUCGUGGUGCCGGUUGGCCACGUGCUUAAGCUUCGCGUCCACAAGGAAGCGUUCACCGGGCCCGAAGAUUACUACGAGUUGUUCGACUCGAGCGGGAACAAGCUACUGCGAUGGCUGUACUGGGACGACGCUGCGUCGACCCUGAUGGGCGUCCCGACGAAGAAGGACGUUGGCAGCCGUCGGCUGAGCGUGAAAGUGGUGCCAAAGGACGACGCCGCCACCACGAAGGACCUGUUCGUCGUGCAAGUGGUCCCCGAGAAGCACGAGGAAUUGAAGCACAGGGACGGAAAGACACACUGCAACGAAGGGGAGGAACAGACGUUGCUGACGAUACUGUUGGACGCAAAGUUCGACAACCUCACGCCGGUCACGCGAGUCAACACCAUCGAGAACCUCGCAGGAUUUCUGGGACUUCACGUGAGCGCAUUUUCGAUGCAUCCGCAAAACGCCAAAGAGAAUUUCAACGCCGAUUCGACGGUGAUCCUUAGCGGGCCCGGGAACGUGAAGCAUCGGAAAGAGAAACAUCUCACGACAGUCCAAUGGCAGGUCGGUUGUGACGGCCAUUUAUGGAGACACCAGACAGAUUUGGUGAAACAUCUGCGAGAACAAGCGAAGGAUGGCACUCUGGCGGAAGUAAUGCAACUUCCGGUCCUGUUAUGGCGCGUUAAAACGGAAUCGAGCCUGUUGCUAAGAAGCAGAAGAGAGAGCGGUUCUGGACACUAUAGUAAUCCGGAUUACGACAGUUACGACGAUUACGAUAUUGAAUACGAUGGUGAAGAUGGCGAGGAUGGUGAGGAUGGCGAGGAUGGAGAGGACGGCGAGGAUGGGGAUGACUCUCAAGUACAGCCAACGUUCAUGCCCGAAACUAAUCCUAGGGAAAAUCUUGCUCCGGAACAUCCUCACAGGCAUCACCAUGGGGAGGAACCUAUCGAUUGGAACACCGAAGAUGACAACGAUGAUCUUAUAAUACCCGAGACUCAUCCAGACAUAAUAGAGAGUGUAUUGAACAGAACUACUACAGACGCCAUGUCGACUACAACAACCACUGAACUUACAUCACCACCAUCAACAACUCCAACAACCACCACCACGACGACUACCUCAACUACUUCGACAACAACAACAACAACAACAACAACUCAACAACCACCCUCGUCAACGGCCACUAGUACUCCUACUAGCACAACAACGAGUACAACAAUAGCAGAUACAACAACAGCAACCAUUAUGCCGACUAUCAUUGUUCCAUCGACCGAGCCACCGGAGAAAUCAGAGAUAACGAUCGAAGAGACAACGAAGAAUACCAGAUACACCGAGACUGAAUCUUUAAAUGUCUCAUCUGUCACUAUACCAGAACUCACCACCAUCCCCCCUUCGGUAAUUGUACCCCAUUCUAGCACCACUACCACCACUACCACUACUGGAACCAUCCCUACCACUGUUGUUGUCGAAAGGACGGAAACGGAUGUGACCAGUGGUACCAUUAAUGUCACUACGGAAGAGCCGACAGAACAGUCGUCUGUGACCUCGACGAAACAACCCAGUACUCUGUUACCUGUCACAGUACCUGCGAACACUACAACCACAACCACAACUACAGCGUUUGUUACAUUCUAUAACACUACGACUACAACACCUAUAAUAACGACACAGAUGAGAACAACGCCAACUACCACCACAACAACCACUACCACCACUACCACUACCACUAUGGCUCCAACCACUGCCAGUACAACCACCACCACGACCACUACCACUCCAGCACCGACCAGCGCUGCUACUGAACCAGCUAGAGUUAUCACGGAAACCGAGUAUGAAGUUCACAACUUUGCACCUAGACAAGAUAGAAGAUUGAAGAAAAUACCUGUCACAGCUGGAAAACCGUUGAGCUAUGUCAUACCUGCCAACACGUUCAGUGAUAUGGAAGAUGGAGAUACCAGGAAUUUGAAACUAAGUUUAUAUCUACAAGGGGCACCGUUAAAACCCACCCACUGGUUGCAAUUUAAUCAAAAAACGCAAGAAGUUUAUGGAUUGCCACUGGAGAACGAUAUUUCUACUUGGACCUAUGAAUUGGUAGCUGCCGAUAGCGAGGGAUUAAAUGUGACAGAUCGACUUGAUAUUCACGUACAACAGCACAAGCUUAGUCGUACUGUAAAUCAUGAAUUUAGUAUAUAUUUAAGGAUCGAUAAACGAACUGAAUUUCCUACAGACGUAGACUGGGAGCUAAAGGUAAUUCGAAGCAUAGCCGAAUUGUAUGAUGAUAGCGAUACCAGACAUAUUACUGUUAGAUCAGUCGAUAUCGAUCGCGAUCAAGCGAUUUUCACUUGGACCAACGAUAGUUUGCCUAGAAGCAGCGAUUGUCCUAAAGAUUAUAUCAACGAUUUAUUACAUGUUCUGAUUGAUAGAAAUGGUGAUCCUAGUUCUUUGCUGAGAAAUGUUCUUCUCCCUGAAAUCAGAGUGAAACGAGUAGUUUAUCAAGGCAUUGGACAAUGCGAAGAUAUGACCCGUCCAGAAGUGCCAAAAGUUUCCACGCAGGAGCCUAAAUCAAAUUUCCCGCCACUACCAAGAAAUCAGGUGGAUCUUGUCAAUGCCACUGUUGGUCAAUUACUUGUAUUUAAAGUACCAGAGGAUACUUUUUACGAUGCAGAAGAUGGUUCCGCAAGAAACAUGAAAAUGUCUCUGCUAACUAUUGAACGCAAACCUAUUCCGCUACACGAGUGGUUGCAAUUUGAUAGUAAAAAUCAAGAAUUUUAUGGAGUACCAAUGCGUAGUGAUGUUGGACGUAAAGAAUAUCAAUUAGUAGUUACUGACAAAGAAGGCGCGAGCGCCACCGACGGCCUAGUGGUUGUGGUUCAUUCUGCUCCUUUCAUGCAACACACAGUAGAAUUUUCCAUGACAUUGGAUAUCCCAUAUGAAUCAUUUGCACAUUCUGCUCUUCAAAAGCGUAAUUUUAUUGAAAAGUUACGAGAUUUGUACCAAGAUAAAGAUACUAAUGCAAUUUCAUUGCAUAGCAUAUCAAAUGGUAGCACAGUAAUCACGUGGCACAAUAGAACUUUGCCUACCUCGUAUUGCGCGCACGAAGAAGUUAGCAGAUUACGUUCAGUACUUGUUAAGAGUGAUAAUGAUCGUCGAUCCGUCACAGAUGAAGUCCUUGAGAUCAUGGGCUUAAAAUUCCCUGUUAAACAAAUCACUGUGAUUCCUAUGGGCAUUUGUCUUGGUGAAUUAACAGACGUUCAUUCGCGUGACAAUCAUGUUCCACCAGUGGACGAUUCCACUUCAGUUGGGGCAUUCCACGAUGAUUAUCUUAUCACAUUCGUCCUGCCAGCUAUAAUAAUCGCCAUAAUGCUCAUCUUAGCAGGUAUCAUUGCAUGCGUAUUUUAUAGACGAAGGCGUAGUGGGAAAAUGAGUGUCAGCGAACAAGAUGACGAAAGACAAAGUUUCCGUAGCAAGGGAAUACCGGUUAUUUUCCAAGAUGAAUUGGAUGAAAAACCAGAUCCUGGUAACAAGUCUCCUGUAAUUUUAAAAGAAGAGAAACCACCGUUACCACCCCCUGAAUAUCAAAAAGCUGAAGACGGUGCAGAUGUACCAAUGUUGCCAAAGGAGAAUUCCGAGGAACCGUAUCAACCACCUCCACCAUUCGCUACAAAUCGCGAUACUAACCGUCAGAAUCGUCCUAAACCUACUCCUACGUACAGGAAACCACCUCCAUACGUACCUCCCUAACAAAAUACGGUUCACUCGCCUACGCGCAAAUAUAUGUUAGCGAUGCUCGGAGACUCCCCAAUUCACGCGCAAAACCAAACCAACUAUCAGAAGAAAUCUCAGUUUGCCGGUAAAAUCGACAACUGCGGAUCUCUGAACGUAUACAACAAUCUUAAGUAAAAAAGAAAAAAAA